GCAGCCAUGCCGGGCCGGGCCGAGGCGGGGGAGCCGGAGGAGGAAGCCGGGAACGGCUCAGGGUCCGAGGCGGAGGAGGACGCGCUGUGGGAACGGAUCGAGAGCGUCCGGCACAAGCUGACACGCGCCCUGAACCCGGCCAAGCUCACACCGUACCUGCGCCAGUGUCGGGUCAUCGACGAGCAGGACGAGGAAGAGGUCUUGAGUACCUACCGCUUCCCAUGCCGUGUCAACCGCACUGGGCGCUUGAUGGACAUCCUGCGCUGCCGUGGCAAGAGGGGCUACGAGGCCUUCUUGGAAGCCCUGGAGUUCUACUACCCUGAACAUUUCACUCUGCUCACGGGCCAGGAAGCCGCCCAGCGCUGCUCCAUGAUCCUUGAUGAGGAGGGUCCCGAGGGCCUGACCCAGUUCCUAAUGACGGAGGUGAGGCGGCUUCGGGAAGCUCGGAAGAGUCAGCUGCAACGGGAGCAGCAGCUGCAGGCCCGAGGACGGCUGCUGGAGGAGGAGCGGGCAGGGUUGGAGCAGCGGCUACGGGAGCAACAGCAGACUCAGGAGCGCUGCCAGCGACUUCGGGAGGACUGGGAGGCAGGCAGCCUGGAGCUGCUGAGGCUCAAGGACGAGAACUACAUGAUUGCCAUGCGCUUGGCGCAGCUCAGCGAGGAGAAGAACUCGGCUGUGCUGCGCAGCCGUGACCUGCAGCUGGCGGUGGAGCAGCUCAAGCUCAAGGUGAGCCGACUGGAGGAGGAGUGUAGCUUGCUGCGCAGAGCCAGAGGGCUGCUCCCUGGGGUGGAAGAGAAGGAGAAGGAGGCAGACAGCGUGGACCUGGUCUCUGAGCUGCGUGCUGAGAACCAGCGGCUGACGGCGUCGUUACAGGAACUGCAGGAGGGCCUGCAGCAGGAGGUAAACCGGCCGGGAGCCCCAGGCUCAGAGCGCAUCCUUCUGGACAUCUUGGAGCAUGAUUGUCGGGAGGCACAGGACAGCAGGCAGGAGCUCUGCCAGAAGUUGUACGACAUUCAGGGCGAGUUGCAGUGGGCAGAGGGACUGCGGGACAAGUACCUGCAGGAGAUGGAGGACCUGCGGCUGAAGCAUCGCACGCUGCAGAAGGACUGUGACCUGUACAAACAUCGCAUGGCCACCGUCUUGGCCCAGCUGGAGGAAAUUGAGAAGGAGAGGGACCAGGCCAUCCAGAGCCGGGACCGGGUCCAGCUGCAGUACUCCCAGAGUCUCAUUGAGAAGGACCAGUACCGUAAGCAGGUGCGGGGCCUGGAGGUGGAACGGGACAAGCUGCUGACCACACUCACCAGCCUGGAGGGCACCAAGACCCUGCUGGAAGCGCAGUUGCAGCGGAUCCAGGGCGGCCCCUGCCUCAAGGCCUGCACCUCCUCCCACUCCCUUUGCUCCAACCUCAGCAGCACCUGGAGUCUGAGCGAGAUCACCUCCCCUCUGGGGGCCCCAGACACAGUUGGGGAGGUAGCUGUUGCCGGGGGAUCUGAGCCUCACACCUCGGAAGAGGCUGCCGACAGUGAGAAGGAGAUCAACCGGCUCUCCAUCCUGCCCUUCCCUCCCAGCGCCGGCUCCAUUCUCCGUCGGCAGCGUGAAGAGGAUCCCGCACCCCCUAAGAGGUCCUUCAGCAGCAUGUCUGACAUCACAGGGAGUGUGACACUUAAGCCCUGGUCCCCCGGCCUGUCCUCAUCCUCAUCCUCUGACAGUGUGUGGCCCUUGGGAAAGCCCGAUGGCCUUCUGGCCUGGGGCUGUAGCUUGGAUCUCCUCAACAGGUCAUUGGCCAUCCGAUUGUCUGGCUGGAGCCCUCCAGGGGGCCCUGAGCCCCAAGACAAGAGCCCAGACUGCCUGUCAUUCCUUGGGGACAGCUGGUCUGGGACCCAGGUGCGGCCGGUGCUUUCUGGGCCAGGGUCUGCUAGAGCGGAACUCCCAGAGCCAAGGGCUGACGUCACUGGCCUGGACUCCGAAGCCCAGCAGAGACUACCCUGGAGCCAGGGGUCCACACUCCCCUACCUGGUGGAUGUAAAGGCCUGCCAGUCCUUCCGCGAGGCCUUAGACGCCUGGGUGAAGGGGUCUGGGACCGAGCCCUUCUACAUUCGAGCCAACCUCACCCUGCCUGAGCGGACGGACCCCCACGCCCUAUGUGUGAAAGCCCAGGAGAUCCUGCGGUUGCUGGACCCAGCCUACAAGCGGCAGCAGGAGUGGUUCUGUGCGCGGGUCGACCCCCUCACACUGCGGGACCUGGACCGAGGCACUGUGCCCAAUUAUCAGAGAGCUCAGCAGCUCCUAGAAGUUCAGGAAAAAUGCCUGUCUUCCAGCCGGCACCGAAGUCCCCGCAGUAACCUGAAGAAGCGAGCCCUGGACCAACUUCGCCUGGUCAAGUCUAAGCCCUUGGGGGGUCCCUCCGGGGACUCCCCUGAGCAGCUGCUGCUAGAGGCCUGUUCAGAGCCAGAGCGGAAGCUCAAACCCUACAGCCUGGUGCGACCACUGCUGGUGUCCUCCCUGCGGCCUGUGGUGCUUUUGCCGGAGUGCCUGGCUCCCCGGCUCAUCCGCAACCUUCUAGACCUGCCCAGCUCCCGACUGGACUUCCAUGUGUGCCCAGCGGAAAGUCUCGCUGGAGAGGAGCAGUGCACAUCGUCAGCCCCCGGAGCCCCCAAGGCCCGGCCUGCUACCCCUCGGCUGGGUAGCAGAAUUCGUGCCAUACAGGAGACUGUUGGCAAGAAGCACUGUCUGUUGGAGUUGGGUGCCCGGGGCGUGCGGGAGCUGGUCCUGAAUGAGAUCUACCCCAUUGUCAUCCACGUGGAGGUGACCGAGAAGAAUGUCCGUGAAGUCAGGGGUCUGCUGGGCCGGCCGGGCUGGCGGGACUCAGAGCUUCUGCGUCAGUGUCGAGGUUCCGAGCAGGUGCUGUGGGGGCUGCCCUGCUCCUGGGUGCAGGUGCCCACCGAUGCAUGGACCCACGCAGAGGAGCUGGCCAAGGUAGUGCGCGGCCGCAUCCUGCAAGAGCAGGCCCGCCUUGUGUGGGCCGAGUGUGGCAGUGGCGGCUGCGGCAGAGGCCGAAAUGGCAGCAGCGAGGCCUGA